GGUCGGUUUGCGCUCGGGUCAGGUGCGCGCCGGGAGAGCGACUCCAAAACGCGCAGCUGCACAGCUGAUUUAACGCUGCACAAAAACCGAGAUCGCUUUGAAAUAUACACAAAUAUAAUAUAGAAAGCUAAGAGGGGGAUUUACCGAAGUCUUGACACAAAGACACAGGAGAGCAACAAUACUGUCUGCAGGAACGCUGAUGGAAACGCACCUGACCAUAAACCCUUGCCCAGAAAAUUCCGUGCAAUGAAGCAGCACAGACCAGCUGCAGGUGCUUUUGCUUACCUUUCAACUUAAUCCGAAGAGCAAAGAAUAAAUAAUGAACUUGACGGACUCUGUUUGGCUCUUGGAAGAGCCCUGGAACCUCAGCCGUGUGGAGGAGGAGGACGAGAAACUUUUAUUCGGGAUCGGCACGGAUAAUUUCAUCACGCUUCUGGUUUUCGGGCUCAUCUUUACGCUCGGCGUGCUGGGCAACUCCAUGGUGAUCACCGUGCUGGCCCGGAGCAAACCGGGAAAACCUCGAAGCACCACCAACAUAUUCAUCCUGAACCUAAGCAUAGCAGACCUGUCUUAUCUGCUUUUCUGCAUCCCUUUCCAGUCCACUAUCUACAUGAUGCCCACUUGGGUGCUCGGUGCGUUUAUUUGCAAAUUCAUCCACUACUUCUUCACUGUUUCUAUGCUGGUCAGCAUCUUCACCCUGUCCGCUAUGUCAGUGGACCGAUACAUUGCCAUCGUUCACUCCAGAAAGUCGUCCUCUAUUCGUGUGGCGAAGCACGCUCUUAUUGGGGUGGUGGUGAUUUGGAUACUCUCCCUGGCCAUGGCUGCGCCUAUCAUGUAUUACCAGAAUAUUUUUCAGAGAGGGGAAAAUCACACCUUUUGCUGGGAAGUGUGGCCGGAUCAGAACCAGAAGAAGAUCUAUGUGGUUUGCACGUUUAUCUUUGGUUAUGUGCUGCCUCUGUUGCUCAUUUCUUUCUGUUAUGCAAAGGUGUUAAAUCACUUGCACAAAAAACUAAGAAAUAUGUCCAAAAAAUCAGAGGCAUCAAAGAAAAAGACUGCUCAGACGGUGCUUGUGGUGGUGGUGGUGUUCUGCCUGUCGUGGCUCCCUCAUCACGUAGUUCACCUCUGGGUGGAGUUUGGGACCUUCCCGCUAAACCAAGCCUCCUUUGUAUUGCGGGUGGCUGCACACUGCCUGGCGUACAGCAAUUCAUCAGUCAACCCGGUCAUCUACGCCUUCCUGUCGGAGAACUUCAGAAAGGCCUAUAAGCAGGUGUUUAAAUGCCAGAUUGGUACCAGUGACUCCCCGCUCAAUGACAUCAAGGACAUUCGUAGCAAAGCGGAUACGCCGCCCUCAACUAACUGCACAAAUGUUUGACUUACAGCUGCCACACCCAAAGUUAUUGCAAGUCAUCAGAUAUGAGUGGGUGUGUGUUUUUGAUGAAGGUACGUAUGGUCACUUGGAUAUCGCUAAAGCUGUAAUAUUCCACAUAAGCGCUGUUAAUUUCACCUGGAUUAGAGGGGGUAAGGCACCAGUGGCUGCAGGACACGAUUACUCCCUCUUUGAUCCGGCUGUGAUUGCUACUGUACAUGUCGUCACUGAUGAAAAAAACCUGUCUGAAAUUGAGAAAAAGUGAUCCUUCUUCAACAGUGACCUCUCUUAAAAUGUAGACAGUGAGUUUAUUCAGAUCAAUGAAUUUAAAACUCUGCAUGAGGAAAAGAAAAACAAUAUUGGUGCAGGUCCAAUAAGUGGAAAUUUUUCAUAAAAAGUAAGAAUUGCAUUAAA